CAUAAGUAUCAUUUAUACACUCUACCUGCAAUAGCAAUAGCAAAUGUUAAGGCUGCCGGACACAGACAGGCCGGGCCCCGAGCCCACCGCGUGCGAUAGGUAGCGAACACGAGUCGCAACGACAUUGUUGUAUUAGCACAAAGUGAUCUAGCUUGUUGCCUGUCACAUACUGGCUGUCCCUGACACAAAGCGAAGCUUGGAACUGGUGGCAGGCAGCUUGCCUGGGCCAGGCGACCAGCAAUUGAUUGAGGGCAAAAUAUACAGCAAAGACAUUACCAAGUAGUAACAGGAGGCGUGUAGGCGAGGGCUGUGGCAGAUGGCGCCGAGCGCAGCGGUCGGGAGCUCGAGCGGGGAGACCAGUCAGCCGAAGGCACGGAAGGAAGCAUCGGACAGCAGUGAGACGGCUCAAUCCAACGCCGUUGCAACAUGCCUCGAGCGGCUCAAACCUGGUCAUUUCCAGGCGAAGCGUCUGGCGUUUGAGAUUCGCGAUGUCGGCUUCACGCCGGCAGGGUCCCUCAACAUACUCCAGCUCCUCGUGCGGUGGAUAUACGAUAGGGCGGUGUCCGACCCUGAGCGUUUUUCGGGUCCUUGCAGCGCGCUCUGCUUCUCGCUCACGCCCAUCCUGCCCACAUUCAAGCCGCCCGGGGCCACAACCGCGGCCGCCAAGGCGAAGCGCAUCGAUUUCCGACAGACGCUGCUGAACCUGUGCCAGCGCGAGUUUGAGGCGGCAUGCGGACUGGUGUCUCAGGCUGGCUCCGGGGAUGCCCCGGCGCUCAAAGCCGGCUCCACCACCACCCUGUCGGGCAGUUUGCAAUUCCUGGCCUACCUGUACCUACACGCGCUGCUGACCGACAGGAUUAUGCUGUCGUGCCUGCUACUGGUGUCGACUGGAGGCGCGGGCGCGGCGGCGCCUGAGGCGGCCAGCGACAGGCUGACUGGGGAGGCGGGGCGGCAGCGGGUGGAGUGCCUGACGAAGGCGCUGACCAUCGCGGGGCGGCAGCUGGACGACUGCCUGGCAGCGCAGCACCGACCGCUCCUGGACGGCCUGUAUGAGCAGCUAUCGGCGUUACACGCCAGCUGUUCCAGCAGCAGCAACAACAGCAGCGGCCUACCGCCAGAUGUGGUCGCUGCGCUAGGCAAGCUGCUAGAGCUACGGGCGGGGGGCUGGCGGGGCGUGGGCGGGGCGCUGGUCGCCUCCGCGCCGGCCUCGGCGCCCUCAGGCGCCGUGCCUAACGACGGCGGGACGCAGCAGCCGCGGUCAGCGCGGACGUCAGGAAACGGGACGCCGUCUGCCAGCGGCACCCCCAGCAGCUCGGCGACGCGCGCCGCUGCAGGCCCAGGGUCAGGCUUACGCGCCAGCAGCGGCGGGGCACCGGGCCUGCCGCCCACUCCUAACGGCGGUGUGGCGGCACAGGCGCAGCGGCACCCGGUGCUGAGGCGAGUAGCCGGCAUGAGCGGGAACGGCAGCGGGCCAGUCACACCCAUGGGCGCCAUGUCAUCGCGGGGCUCGAGCACCAACCUGGACGGCAUGUGGAACCUCGCGCCCGACACCUACUCGGACGUGCGGGCGCAGCUGCUGUCGCAGUCGGUGGCUAACUCGCCUGCCACGCUCGAGGCUAUGGCGGAUGAGCUAAUCGAGUGCGCUGUGGCCGCGUCAGGCGGCGACGCGCUGUGCCCCUGCUGGGGCGGCGCCGCUGCGCUGGUGGCCUCGAGUGCCGGCGCCGUGGCAGGGGAGCUGGACGGCGUGCCCGCGGCGACAGCUGCGCCCUUGUCGGAUGAGGCCUGGGCGACGGCGAUGCAGCAGCAGUGGGAUGAGCAGUCCCGUGCCUGCGACAUCUACGUGCGGCUGGCAGCGGAUGCCCUGCAGAACCUGGGGGCUGAGACGGGCGCAGCAUCUUCGCCGGCAGCUAGUUCGCCGGCAGCGGUGUCGCCAGCUGGCGCAGCAGCGGGUGUCGCCAACACUGGCGCUGCAGGCAGCGUGACUGAGACAGGCCGGACAUUCCGGAGGCUGCUGCUGCUGACAGCGCAAACUCACUUUGAGCGGUGCUUGACAGCACUGCUGCCCACCGCGUCCGUUUCGUCCACGCCGAACGCAUCGCCUAUCGGCAUGAGCGGGGCCUCGGGCUCUGGAGAGGCCGCCGGCCGGGUGGUCUCGCCGCAGCCGCUGCGCCCCGGAGCCUUGGGGGUAGGCAUGCCCGCAGCAGCCAGCACUGCAGCUAUAUCGCCGUCUCCCUCGCCGCCGCCUGCGGGCGCGGGCGGCACCACGCCUGCAAGCACCAGCGGGGCGGCCGGUGCCCGGCGCGCGUGGGCAGACAUGCCUGCGGCGACACCGGCCGCAGCCUCGGCGCUGCCGCGCGCUCGCGGCAUGUGCCACCUGCUUCUGGGGUUGCUGCGGCGUGCUGUGCUCACGCCACGGAUCGUGCUGCACUGCGCCGCGGCCCUGGUGGACGGCGCUGCGGCCGGCUCAACGGGCUGCAUGCAGUGCGCCUGCAUCCUCCUGGCGGGUGCGGGCAAGGAGGCCCAUGAGUUCAAGGUAGCGGAGGCGGCGGCGUUUGAGUCGCUGGUGAAGCGGCUGCAGCUGCUGCCGGAUGUGCAGGCGGGUGAGGCGGGCCAGGAGGGCUCUGCUGCUGUGGGGAGAGCGGUGGCUGUGGCGGCGGAGCAGCGGCGACGCUUCAUGGCCUGGUUGGCGCGCAGCCUGAAGGAGAACUAGCGGGCUGUGGUCCCGGCCUUGCGUCACGGCCGCUAGGCGCUGGAAUGGCAAGAGCACGGAUCAGCUUAGUGUUGGCUGACAGCGGGUAUCCCGGCACAGGCCACACGGCCAUGGUUCCGGCCAUCGUCUGUAUUCGGUACACACUGUUGCAUUGCGCGCGAACAUGGCGAUGGCACGGGCCCCAGAUGCCCCCGCCCAGCGAUAACAUUUACCUGGCGAGUAUGGACGAGGAGGUUCCAGGUUCAGGACGCACCGUGUUUCCUCCUCAGGCCUGACAGCACCUACGGCCAGACGGGGUUGCAGGACUUGCUGGCGGAUACAGCUAUAAGGCCGCUGUCAACAGGACCCGUCCAAGAGUAGUUUCGGUUCGAACGUGUAUGGGGGCUUCAUGGGUGCGCCUAUGGUUUGUAGGGCCCAACGCGGGUAAACCCGGUCGGCACUGUCUCUCACGAGGACAAUAUCACAGAAGACGAUCCAGCAGCGCGCGAGCGUAUGAUGUAAUGUGAAUUGGAU